AUGGGUACGACCGUUGCCACGAAUGCGUUGCUUGAGCGAAAAGGAGAACGGAUAGCGUUAUUAAUCACCAAAGGAUUCAGAGAUCUCCUCUAUAUAGGCAAUCAGACGCGUCCAAAAAUCUUCGACUUCGAUAUACAAAUUCCAGGGGUUCUGUAUGAGGAAGUAGUUGAGGUGGAUGAGCGCGUCAUCCCAUAUGAUGACAGUUGCCAGCUAGGUGAAAUUGGAUGCGUGCAAGAGACGUUCUUUGGGAGAAAGGUGAUCGUGGAAAAAGAACCUAAUGACGUCGAAGUCAGGGAGAUUCUGAAGGCUAUCAAGUCGAAAGGAAUAAAGAGUGUUGCGGUGGCGUUCCUUCACUCAUUCAUUUAUCCUGCUCAUGAAUUGAAAGUGAAGAAAAUUGCUCAUGAGAUGGGUAUCAAGAGCGUUUCCCUAUCACAUGAAGUGAUGCCAAUGAUCAAGAUUGUUC